CCGCGCCGAGCACCACAGCGUGUAUGCAUGCAGUGCACCGCUGUUGCCGCCGCUGCACCACGCUCUCAAUAUAGGAGUCGCUAGGCUACCGGCUACGCGUGGUACCAGCCCUAAAACUACUGCUACAAGUGGUAUGGUAUUCUACUAUUCUCCCCACGCCGCAGGUCGCCGCUUGCCUUGCCUAGCCACUCUCUGCCCCCUCUCCUUCUAGCUCGCUCCCGGCCGAUACCAAACUUGGCAACCCGUGGGUGGGCGGCUCGGCUGCUGCAGCAUUAGCAGUACCUCUGUCUCCUCCGCUCCUGCUCCAGUUAAGGCUACCUCGCCUCCUCGCCGCCCGCCCGCCCGCCUGCCUUCCUCGCGCGCUAGCCAGCUAGCCCCGGGGCCCGGCCGGAUUGAUUGGUUGGUUCUGGAAGCGGCCGGCAUGGGCAGCAGGGAGCAGCAGCGCGGCCGGAGGGACCGCUUCAUCGUCAUCCCCUUCGCCUCCUGCCGCUCCGCCGCCAGCGUCGACGUCGUCCAGUCCAAGAAGCCCCAAGGUGCUGGCGGUGGCGGCGAGGGGACAUCGUCGGCGGCGGCGCCGGGGAUUAGGCCGGCCAAGGGGGAGUCGCUGUCGCUGGUGGCGCGGCUGCUCCGGGGGUUCAAGAACCUGUCCCACCAGAUCUUCGCGGUGUACGACGAGGAGGACGAGGAGGAGGAGGAGCCGGAGAUGGUGAUCGGGCUCCCCACGGACGUCAAGCACGUCGCGCACAUCGGUUGGGACGGCAGCACCAGCACCACCUCCAGCGUCCGCUCCUGGAACCGCGCCGCCCCUCCUCCUGGCACCACCGCUCCGGCAGCCGCGUCGGCGUCCACCUCAGCCUCAGCCUCGUCCUCCUCCUCCGCCGCUCCUCCGCCGCCACAGGCGCAGCCACCGUCGCUGUCCGCGCGGCAGUUCGAGCUCGCCAUGGCCGCGCAGGCGUCCGCCGCCACCACGGAGACCACAGCCAGCACCAGCGGCGCCGGCCGGCGCCACCGCCACUACAGCUAGCGGCGACGUCACCAGGCGGGGCGUGAUUAAGCCGAGCGUGAAUCUGGACGGCGGGUGGUGGGUCGUGCCGUCGUCACGAGCCCUUGUCUCUUGCUCCCCGAAUUAUCACCAGUUUCCCGUCAGAGCGAGCGAUCCGUGUGUUCCCUUGUGUACGUAGCCAUGGCGUGGCGCCAUACUUUUUUCCCGGGGAUUUUUUGUUCGCUUCCUGCUUGUUUUACAUACAUGGUCACUGCCGAAUCCUGAUACUGUAACCGGAGUGAUAUUUUACUCGCUAAACUUUGGCCGGUGCCCCU